AUGGCCGGUUGGGAUAUAAUCAGUGAAUUGCCAGAAUCUUUGCUAACUCAUGUACUCUCUUAUCUUCCGACAAAAGAUUCCGUUAAGACAAGCCUUUUGUCUAAAAGAUGGGAAUCUGUCUGGCGUAGGGUUCCUGGACUUGACUUAAAGUAUAACGAUUUCCCUGAAGAGUUUCCUCCUCAUGAGCAAUCCCUGGAGAGCUUCGUCAACAAAUUUCUGGAGUCCAACAAAGAGUCACGAAUGCAAACAUUCAAGAUACAGUUCGAGUACGAGCAGUGCGAUGAUGAUCAACUCGUGGUGUGGAUUGACAAAGCAGUUGAUCGCGGAGUUCAACAUUUAUAUGUUGAGACCGAGAAGGCUCCCAACAUAACUCAGAGCAUUUACACGAGCAGCACAUUGGUCUCUCUAACGCUCCUAUCCGUAGGGCUCGAGUCUCCCAAGAAUGUGGUGUCUCUUCCUUGUCUCAAGAUGAUGCAUAUUGAAGACGUUUGGUAUGAUUAUGAUGAUCCUUUGAUCAUGGAGAGGAUCAUCUCAGGGUGUCCUGCCCUUGAAGAUCUUUCCGUGAUUAGGCCUGUUGAUUGUUAUAAUGCAGAUGUUGUCAAGUUUCUACGCGUGAGGUCUCAAACCCUUAAAAGAUUCCGUCUCAUGUUUGAGAACUGUUGGGGUGGUACAGAGUUUUCAGUUGAGAUCGAUGCUCCGAGUCUGGAGUAUAUGAGUUUUAGAGAUGACCAAUCUGAUGUCAUUGUAGUCAAGAACCUGACUUCUUUGUACAUGAUUGACAUUGAUUCUGAGUUUAAUGUUAAGUUUGGAGGAAGUCCUUUGGAACAGGAGGAUUCAAGCAAGAAAGAUACUAUCCAUAACUUCUUCGAGGGAAUUUCUGGUGUUAGAGAUAUGAUCAUCUCUAGGCCUACUCUUGAGGUCCUCUACCAGUAUUCGAAAAUGGGAUCGAUUCCCAAAUUCGUUAACUUAUAUCGUUUGUAUCAUGCGUUCUCUUGCUCUACUUUACAACUGUUGCCAAUCUUUCUUGAGAGCUGUCCGAAUCUAAAACACCUCAUCUUGGACUAUACUGUUGUUUCUCUGCAGCCAGAGGAAAUUGAACUUAGCUAUGUUCCUCGGUGUUUAACAUCAAGCCUUGAGCGUGUUAAUAUUAACAAACUGAUUAUGAAGGAGGAAAGUGGGAUUAAGCUAGUGAAUUACUUUCUUGAGAAUUCAGCAGUACUCAAGGAACUUACUGUGAGUUACACUGACUCUCCUGUGAGCAACCAAGAGCGGGAUAUCUACAAGAACCUUCUUACAUCCAACAAGCUUUCUCGCAGAUGUCAAGUUUCCAUUUGUUGA